CUGCGUGCGCUCGCCUUUACGGAUGCGCAUUCCGUCCGUGAAACUAAUUAAUCGGUUUGACGCCUAUCGAGGAUCAUUAGCGAUCGCGAACCCCGAAAAUCAGCAGUACACCCAUUACCACCGUAUUAUCCGCAUGCGAACUCUUGGCGGGUGAUGAAAUUAGUGUCACUUGUUCUCUGUGUGUGAUAUAUUAUUGAUUUAUCAUCGGCUACUGAAUCAUCCGUCUAUAUACGGGAUAGAGCGACGAGGGUGGUGCGUUUACCCAAAACUAUUCGAACUGCGUGGGGCAUUUCACCACCUCUGCAAACACAAUGACGAAGGACCAGCAGGCCACGCCCAUUCCCGAGGAGCUGUACAAUCUCACCCAGCUGGCGGAGGUCACUCUGGCGGCGGGUCCCUUAAUUACAGCCGAGGCGAAGCCAGCACCCAUUGGUGGUGCCAGUCUGUAUGCCUCCUCGGAUGAUGAGUCCAACUAUUACAGCCACAAGGUGUUCGAUCGCAGGAAAUCGCGCCGCUGCACCAUCUCCGACUCGAAUUCCUGCACCAGCAGCAGUUCCAGUUCCACAUCCAGUCUGCAAUCCACGGAGGACCACCACCUGGGACUCCAGGGGCAUUCGGCAGAGCACCACCAUGCGGAGCAGGGCGAGAUCCUCAACACCACUUCGCUGCUGGAGGACGAGCACAUCUGCCCAGAGUGCGGCAAGAAAUAUUCCACAUCCUCCAAUUUAGCUCGUCAUAGACAAACCCACAGGUCGAUCAUGGACAAGAAGGCGCGUCAUUGUCCCUAUUGCGAGAAGGUGUACGUUUCGAUGCCCGCGUACUCGAUGCAUGUGAGGACCCACAACCAGGGCUGCGAGUGCCCCACCUGCGGCAAGUGCUUCUCGAGACCCUGGCUCCUCCAGGGCCAUAUCCGCACCCACACCGGCGAGAAGCCCUUCAAGUGCAGCGUAUGCGAGAAGGCCUUCGCCGACAAGAGCAACCUGCGUGCCCACAUCCAAACGCACUCGAACACCAAGCCACAUACCUGCGCCCGUUGCGGCAAGGCCUUUGCCCUCAAGUCAUACUUGUACAAGCACGAGGAGUCCUCCUGCAUGAAGAACCGUGCUGGGGUCUCGGGAUCUGGCACGGGCAUGGGCUCAACCUCCAGUAACCGACCUCACACAUCGCCCAAGAGGCAGCAGUUGGAGGUGGGCAGCGGUUCCAGUUUGGCAUUGGGUCCUGGAUCACCUGCUACUGUGUGUGCUGCUCCUGAUUCGGCGAAAUCCACUCUGGCCAACAAGCUGCUGCAGAAGGAAAAGGAGCGUAGACAGGCGGCCCUGGCUUUCCAGGGAUAUCCAACUGGACCAGAAGUAGCUCCUUACAGCCAGGUUGCAGCUGCCUUGGAGGAGAUUGAGAAGUUCAAGCGGAUCAACGUAAUCCAGCCCACGGUGCUGCCCCAUAGGAUACCAAGCCUCUACCAUGACCUACCCACCCUGCCCUUGUCCAUGGCCUAUCACUUUCAGCCCCAGAACACGGCCACACAAGGGGUGGGGACCAUGACCAUCAGCAAUUCCACGCAGGAACAGCCCGUUGACUUUUCGCCCAAGAACAACUUUACACACUCGGCUAAGACGAGCCCCUUCGAGCUGACUGGGAACUACGCCAUGGUGGCGUAGGAGAUCAUCGCCCAGGACACCAAGCAAAAGACAGCGGAGAGAGCAAGAGCACUACCUACACCAAUUCGAGGAGACCCUUUUUUUGAAAACCCACAAAAACUAAAACCAAAUCCAACCAAAGCCCACCCCGAAAACCAGGACCUUUUCUUACUGUAGUCAACGAAUAUGUGAUAAAAAUGCAAAAGAGCUAAAGUACCAUUAGAGAGUAGACGAUUCCAGAAAGCUUAUCGAACAGAAGAGUUCUCUCUUCUCUUCUCCAAAAAGAAACCCAAAAGAGACGGGGUUAUAUACACAGUAGAUAUUUAUAGAGAGACAAGGUUGGAUCGAUCCCCGAUUGAUCGUUUGAUCUUCACUUAGUUGUAAUAAGAGACUUCUUAGAGACUUGCCAAGAACAGCGACAAAAAACCAAUGUAACCAGUAUUUUUUUAUAGCACAUACAUACGAUCAUCGAUCAAAGAGCGAGAGAUAGAGAUAUAGCAUCCCAAAUACGAUCGAACAACGCAGCAAAGCUACAAACUUUACACAUAGUCAUCUAGCAUUAUGAUUUUACAAAGAACUAGGCAUAACCAAAGAUAUUUCUGAAUCUGAAAAACACACUUACUAACCCCCAUUAAUCACUUUGCAUUAAGGCAUCGAUCGACUUCCUGCUUCCGGCACGGAAAUCGGUCCAAAACGAGAGAAUUUCUAGUCUUUAUCUUUAAAUUCAGCGCACAUUUGGCGAAAGAACACAUUUGUGCGUGGCGUUAUUUUAAGCACUUUACGGCCGCAUGUGGUGCAAUAAUUGACAUAACUGUAACACUAAUUAGCGUCUACCACAUACACACUAUCACUAUCAUGUAGAAAUCUGUAUAUUUUAAUUUUAUUUCGUAUCGUUUCGGAAAGAUGGCCUAUUUUAUUGUAGCACUUACCAUCUAGUUAUCGAGAGACAGACACCCACUGCAUUUCGUAAGCUCCGACUCGACCUACAGCUAAUCGCACCAAAGAUAUUUCGAUUUAGAUGCAGACGCAUACUACCUUUAUAUACUCGUACUUACCAUAUACACCAAAAGAUAUAUAUAUAUAUAUAUACGUAUACGUAGCUCUUAAACUGUAUUAUAGAUUUGCACUUUAAUUUGAAUUAAAUGAGAGAUCCAUAGAUCCCACAAAAA